CCCUGCGCGUCCGUCUCCGUCUCCGUCUCCGUCCAACCCCAGCCGAGCGAGACCGAGAUGAACUCGUCGUCGCGUCGGUUGCUGCUCGCGCGGGCCCCGUCGAGUCCUCACUUGCUCCCAGUCCCACAGCUGACCCGAGUGACCGUCCCCCGGGCGGCGCGCCUAUAUAUAUGGUGCUUCUCCCACUGCGAGCAAGGGUAGCUCGCGGCCACUGCACAAACAGAGACUGGUCCAAAGCACUAGAACGCGAGGGGAAAGAAGGAAAAAAAAACACCCGAGCUGUUUUGACCGGCGAUUUGAUUUGAUCUUUUUUUUUUUUGGUUCUUCAGUGCGCCAGCCAAACCUUAACUGCUACGAUCGAUCGAUCGAAGGGGGUAGGAAGUUUCUAGAGUUCUUCAGCCCAUGGCGUCGGCGAUGGAGCUGGUUGGGAGAUCUUUCUUGCCGGGCUCUGCCGCCGCGGCGUCGCCGGCGGGCCGGGAGCGGCGGCGAGGCGGGCCCUGCUUCGCCGCGGUCGGAAGGGAGGGGAGUGCGCACAAGCGGCGGCCGUCGCUGAGGUCGACCGCGCCGGUGGGCGCGCUGGCCGAGCGCGUCGUGGUGACCCCGGCGCCGCCGGAGGAGAGGGCCGGGACGGCCCCGCCGGAGCCGCACCCGCAGAGCGUGGCCGCGCGCGCCGUGGUCACCGUGCGGCGGAGGCGCAAGGAGGACGCCAAGCGCCGCGUCGCCGAGCAGCUGGACGCCUACGCCGACAGGGUCGGCCGCAGCGUCCUCCUCGAGCUCAUCAGCACGGAGACCGACCCAAGAAAAGGGGGCCCCAAGAAGAGCCGGCGGUCGGCGCUGGUGGGGUGGUUCGAGAAGAAGGACGUCAAGGCGGAGCGGGUGGUGUACACGGCGGACUUCACCGUCGACGGGUGCUUCGGCGAGCCUGGCGCCGUCACCGUGCUCAACCGGCACCAGCGCGAGUUCUUCAUCGAGAGCAUCGUGGUGGAGGGCUUUCCCUCGGGCCCCGCGCACUUCACCUGCAACUCGUGGGUGCAGCCCACCCGCGUGGACCGCAACCCGCGCGUGUUCUUCACCAACAAGCCCUACCUGCCGGCCGAGACGCCGCCGGGGCUGCAGGAGCUCCGCCGCCAGGAGCUCAGCGACCUGAGGGGCGAGGGCGGCGCCGACACCACCGGCGAGCGCAGGAUCACCGACCGGGUGUGGGAGUACGACGUGUACAACGACCUCGGCAACCCGGACAAGGGCGCCGAGUUCGCGCGCCCGAUCCUCGGCGGCGAGCAGCAGCUGCCGUACCCGCGCCGGAUGCGAACGGGCCGGCCCAAGACCUUCACAGACGAUCGCGCGGAGAGCAGGGUGGAGUACCCGGAGCCCAUCUACGUGUCCCGGGACGAGGAGUUCGAGGAGGGCAAGAACGAGAUGCUGUCGGAGGGCGCGCUCAAGGCGCUGCUCCACAACUUCAUGCCGCUGCUGGUGAGCUCCGUGUCGCCGGACAUCCGCGACUUCGCCGGCUUCCACGACGUGGACAACCUCUUCAAGGAGGGCCUCCGGCUGAAGCAGGCACUGCAGGACCAGCUGUUCCAGAAGAUCCCCUUCGUGCGCAAGAUCCAGGAGAACAGCGAGGGCCUCCUCCGCUACGACACGCCCGACAUCAUCAAGAAGGACAAGUUUGCGUGGCUGCGCGACGACGAGUUCGCGAGGCAGGCGCUGGCUGGCAUCAACCCCGUCAACAUCGAGCGGCUUCAGGCGUUCCCGCCGAUGAGCAAGCUGGACCCGGCCGUGUACGGCCCGCCGGAGUCGGCCAUCACGGAGGAGCACAUCAUCGGGCAGCUGGACGGCAUGUCGGUGCGGCAGGCGCUGCAGGACAACCGGCUGUACAUGCUGGACUACCACGACAUCUUCCUGCCGUUCCUGGACCGGAUCAACGCGCAGGACGGGCGGAAGGCCUACGGCACGCGCACGCUCUUCUUCCUGACGGCGGCGGGCACGCUCAAGCCCAUCGCCAUCGAGCUGUGCCUGCCGCCCAUGACCGACGGGUGCGCGCGCGCCAAGCGGGUGUUCACGCCGCCCGCCGACGCCACCAGCAACUGGCUGUGGCAGCUCGCCAAGGCGCACGUCUGCUCCAACGACGCCGGCGUCCACCAGCUCAUCAACCACUGGCUGAGGACGCACGCGUGCAUGGAGCCGUUCAUCAUCUCGGCGCACCGGCAGCUGAGCGCGAUGCACCCCAUCUUCAAGCUGCUCAAGCCGCACAUGCGCUACACGCUCAAGAUCAACGCGCUGGCGCGGCAGAUCCUCAUCAACGGCGACGGCGUCAUCGAGUCCGGCUUCACCCCCGGCCGCUACUGCAUGGAGAUGAGCUCGUUCGCGUACCAGGAGCUCUGGCGGCUCGACCAGGAGGGCCUCCCUGCCGAUCUCAUCAGAAGAGGAAUGGCCGUGGAGGACCCGACGCAGCCGCACGGUCUCCGGCUGCUGAUCGAGGACUACCCGUACGCCACCGACGGGCUGCUCCUCUGGGACGCCAUCACGCGGUGGUGCGACGCGUACGUGGCCAUGUACUACCCGUCCGACCAAGCCGUGCAGGGCGACACGGAGCUGCAGUCGUGGUACAGGGAGGCGGUGCAGACGGGGCACGCGGACAAGCGCGGCGCGCCGUGGUGGCCGCGCCUGUCGACGCCGGGCGACCUGGCGUCGCUGCUCACCACGCUGCUGUGGCUCACCUCGGCGCAGCACGCGGCGCUCAACUUCGGGCAGUACCCGCUGGGCGGCUACAUCCCGAACCGACCGCCGCUCAUGCGGCGGCUGGUGCCCGCCGACGGCGACCCGGAGUACGCGCACCUGGUGGCCGACCCGCACCGCUUCUUCCUGUCGGCGCUGCCCAGCCUGACGCAGACGACCACCUUCAUGACCGUCAUCGACACGCUGUCCACGCACUCCGCCGACGAGCAGUACCUCGGGGAGCGGCCCGACGAGGCGUGGACGGCCGACCCGGCGGCGCUGGCGGCGGCGCGCGAGUUCGCGGACGAGGUGCGCCGCGCCGAGGAGGAGAUCGACCGGCGCAACGCGGACACGGGACGCCGCAACCGGUGCGGCGCCGGCGUGCUGCCGUACGAGCUCAUGGCGCCCACGUCCGGGCCGGGCAUCACCUGCCGCGGCAUCCCCAACAGCGUCACCAUUUAGUCUCUCGCGGUACCGAUAGCCAUGGGAGAAAUCUAAGCAGAAGCAAAAUGAUUUUUUUUUUGCUUUACUUCUCCCCCAUUGCCAAAUUGCCAUUGAUUUGGAGGUCUGAACAGGUGGAGUUUGAUUUUUGACUAGGGGAGAGACACUGAGGAACUGAAUGGGUGUAAAUAAUUUGUUAUUAUAGAAAAAAAAUCAAUGAAAUAUAAUCAUUAGAGUUCUUUGGACAAA